AUGGUCGCCGUGGGAAAUCAGGCGGGAGGACAGUCACUACUUGGCACCAUCAAAAUUGCUGUUCUGCCGAUAGCCAAAGUUUUUACCAUGUGCUUCUUGGGAUUUCUUAUGGCCUCCAAGUAUGUUAACAUCUUGCCGGCUAGUGGAAGGAAACUCUUAAAUGGGUUGGUUUUUUCACUUUUGCUACCAUGUUUGAUAUUUUCCCAACUUGGCCAAGCUGUCACUUUACAGAAAAUGUUGGAGUGGUGGUUUAUUCCUGUGAAUGUUGUUCUUGGCUCCAUAUCUGGUUCAAUAAUAGGUUUUAUUGUUGCAUCCAUUGUCCGGCCACCUUACCCAUUCUUCAAGUUUUCAAUUAUACAAAUCGGGAUUGGGAAUAUUGGAAAUGUGCCACUUGUCUUGAUUGCAGCUUUAUGUAGAGAUACGUCCAACCCUUUUGGUGACUCAGAAAAAUGUAGCACAGAUGGGACUGCCUACAUCUCAUUUGGCCAGUGGGUUGGUGCAAUCAUUUUGUAUACGUAUGUAUUUAACAUGUUGGCACCUCCACCGGAAGGUACCUUUGAUCUUGAGGAUGUAAAUCUUCCCAUCAAGAACACAGCAAAAGACGCUCCCCCUGAGCAAGUCCCUUUGCUUACCCAGGAGGAGGCACCAGCAGAAUUGGAUGCUCCAAAGAGAGGGAAGAUUAAACAAUUUCUUGUCUUUCUCUACCACAAGUUGAAGCUUAAGCAAAUUCUUCAGCCCCCUAUCAUUGCUUCUAUCCUAGCUAUGUUCCUUGGUGCAGUACCAUUCUUGAAGCGAUUGAUCUUUACAACCGAUGCUCCACUUUUCUUUUUCACUGACAGCUGCAUUAUUCUCGGGGAGGCCAUGAUUCCAUGCAUUUUGUUGGCACUAGGAGGCAAUCUCGUAGAUGGACCGGGAAGUUCUAAACUUGGUUUUCGGACAACUGCUGCUAUUAUUUUUGGUCGAUUAGUUUUGGUACCUCCCGCUGGACUUGGCAUUGUUAUGUUGGCUGAUAAGCUGGGCUUCCUCCCUGCUGGUGAUAAGAUGUUCAAAUUUGUCCUGCUUCUGCAACAUACAAUGCCUACAUCUGUUCUUUCUGGCGCUGUGGCCAAUCUAAGAGGUUGUGGAAGAGAAGCUGCUGCUGUUCUAUUUUGGGUUCAUAUUUUUGCAAUUUUCUCAAUGGCUGGAUGGAUCGUCCUUUAUCUUAACUUACUCUUCUGA